GGAAGUCUGCCGUGCGCUGAUUGGCUGGAUGGACUGUCACAACCGCUCCCUCCCGUCCGCGCGCACGAGCGUGCGUCGCCGCCCUCCUGCAGUUUGUUUCAGUGUGAGCUUACAGACAUGGCUGCGCUCAGUAAAAUACCACACAGCUGCUAUGAGGUCGGUCAUACGUGGAACCCAUCGUGUGUACAUUCUGCUCUGGAUAUUACCAGGGGCGCUCUGGAGGUGUCCUUCAAAAUAUAUGCUCCUCUGUACCUGAUAGCAGCAGUACUACGGAGAAGAAAGAAGGAUUAUUAUUUAAAAAAGCUUCUCCCUGAGAUCCUGUGGUCUACCUCUUUCCUAACUGCCAAUGGAAGUCUCUUCAUCGUUUUCUUCUGCAUUCUAAGGAAACUAUUUGGAGGAUUCUACUCUUGGUCUGGGGGGUUUGGAGCAGCAGUGCCUGCCUCCUACCUUGCCAUCCUCCUUGAGCGCAAAAGCAGGAGAGGGCUGCUGACAAUUUACAUGGCAAAUCUCGCCAGUGAGACAUUGUUUCGCAUGGCAGUGACCCGAGGUAUCGUCAAGCCCAUCAAACAUGGCGAGGUGCUUCUGUUCUGUAUAACAGCAUCAGCCUUCAUGUACCUCUUCAGGAGUAAUGAUGGUCUGAAAGGCUUUGCAUUUUCUGCACUGAAGUUUAUCAUCGGAAAGGAAGAGAUUCCGACUCAUUCUGCUCAGGCAGAACUUGUUGGAACGCGGCACUCCGAGAGGCCAGCUGCAAUAGAGCCUGAGCACUCACAAGCAUCACCAGAAAGGCCCAGCACCGGGAGGAAAUCCCUGAUAGCCUACACCAGGGAACUGCUAGAAUCAAUAUGCAGACAUGGUCCAAGACACAGAUGUUGUAAACAUCACCAGGACAACUGCAUCUCCUACUGUAUUAAAGGAUUUGUCAGGAUGUUCAGUAUCGGCUAUCUCAUCCAGUGUUGCCUCAAAGUGCCUUCGGCAUUCAGACAGAUGUUCUCUAAACCCUCACGGCUCCCUUCCGUCUUCUACAGCAAAGAAAACUUUCAACUCGGUGCCUUUUUAGGCUCCUUUGUCAGUAUAUAUAAGGGAACAAGCUGCUUGCUCCGCUGGGUGCGGGACAUCGAUGAUGAACUUCAUGGCCUAAUAGCUGGCUUUCUGGCUGGUAUCUCAAUGUUCUUCUACAAAAGCACAUCAAUAACCAUGUAUCUCUUCUCAAAACUGGUGGAGACUAUGUACUUCAAGGGUAUUGAAGCAGGCCGUUUCCCUUACUUUCCACAUGCUGACACCUUCAUUUAUGCCAUCUCCACAGCUAUCUGUUUCCAUGCUGCUGUGAUGGAGGUGCAGAACCUCAGGCCUGCGUACUGGAAGUUCCUUCUGCGUUUAACAAAGGGCAGAUUUGCUCUCAUGAACCGAGAGUUGCUUGAUGCAUUUGGGACGCAGGCAUCCAGGGACUUUAAAGGCUUUGUUCCCAAACUGGACCCUCGUUACACCACAGUGCCCUGUAGAACUACGCUUCUGCCCGGAGGUGAUAUCCAGCUUGGAUGAAUAAGGACUCUGCUCUUUGGGGAGACUAUAAGGGUUACCUCAGAGGAAAAUGAUGACAUGGCUGUUCAUUCAGAGUAGCACAAGGAUUGUCAAAAGGUCCUAUAACAGUUUAGAAGUUGUGUGGUUGUGUUAUAAUGUAGGUAAAGCUUUGAAUGCAACAGGAACAUAUGAUUUGUCCUAAAGCAAGGAGUCUUGACUUUAAUUGUGGAGUAGACAAAGACUACACAGUCUUGGCAAGCAGUAAAAGAAAAACAAACAGAUGCAGAAUUUGAUAUAAAACAUCUUGAUUUAUUAAAUAAUAAAUAUGAGGAUGGCGGUAAUCUCGAAAAGGAGCAAAAAAAGAAAAUGCUGCCCUCCUUUCUUCUUUCCUUUCUCUAUCCUAAUACAGUUUAUGUGUUUCCGCUGCACAACAUAAACUUGAAACUCAUCUCACAGCAGCCUUGAGUCUUUGGCUCUGGAGAACAGAAGGCUAAAUUCUGAACUACUUUUACAUGUUUUAUUCCUUUUUUUAAGACUCAGAAUAUAAUGCAACCACAUUCCUUUUAUCCAUUGGUUAUAGCAGCCUGGGUGUGUAUUUGCUGAAUCCUUUAUUUUAUUAGCUGCAUUCAGAUCAGUGAGUUGAACCAUAGACUGUGAAUAAAAGAUGGACAAAUAUAUCAUGACAUCAGCCAUUAAUUUGAGAAGCUUAUUUUUUUUUGGUGCCUCAAAUUCAGCAUUUUAUCUUGUGAUCUUUCAGAGAUGCUUUGGGGCCAGUAUCUAGUAUUCAGUGUAAGGUGGUUUGUUUUUAGACAGCUGGAGACUGUGUUCUUCUUUACUAACAGCUUUUUGGUGAAACUCACCAAAUGAAUUGAUGUGGAAGCUCAUCAUCCCGAACUUUUGACUCUAAUUCAAAAGAAUUUCAGAUUACAUGGUAAUUGCUAUUUUCCAACUUGUAUUUAAGUUGACAGGUAUAACUAAUGGUGUAUAUACCUUUGUAGCCUUAUGAAAUAUUUUAUGCAAAAUGACAAUGGGAGAUGAAUUUAGAUUUUAUUCUGUGAGGUAAAAUGCAGAGAAGUUAUUUUAUUUACUUCAGUAUUUGAGUAUUGUGAUUUACUUUGACUCUAUGGCCUUCAAUAAAGCAAAAGGACAUACAGGCAGGCAGUGUAUAGCGGACAAAUCAGUUUGUGGAUUAGUUUGACUUAAAUGAUCUUUUUUUUUAUAAAGCCAGCACUGGGAAAAUCUGUCAUUUCACCCUGUGAAUCUAUAUUUGUUUACUUGUGAAAGGCACAAAGAAUAUCACUUGCACAUGAAAGUGGAUGAAACCUAUUUGAAUGAGGAAAUCAGCUGAACAUUCAGAGCACUAACCUGUUUAUUUUAAAACAUUUGUACAAUUUACAGAAAGAUUAAGAUGUGUUAAUGUUUAAUAUGAAACCGUAUUUCUGACAGCUGAAGAGAUUAUUUUGUAAGCGAACUUUGGCAGUGCUGAAAACAUGGGAGAAAAAUUGUGUUUCUCAUUUGAAUUUAACCUAACCAGAAAAUCCAAGUUGAACUUCAAUGUAAACAUGAUGAUGGGACGAUGAUAAAGAAUUGGGUGCCACACAGAAGCAUUUACAUGCCUUUAGUUUUAAUAAAAAUCACAUUGCAAUCGACUUUUGUUUGUGGUUUUAAAAGUCAGAGAAACAGGAUGUCUGCUACGAAAGAAAAAGGAUUAAUGAAAACUUAACUAUGAUACCUAUCUAAAUGGACUUCAUAGCUGGCAAAUUCUGCACACAUACCAGAGUUAUGUUAGCUGCCAGGCUGUUUUUAAAGUGCUACACACACAUUGACAAUUAAGCUUCAGACUUCCUUUCAUACCAACAACCAGGAUUGCACAUUUAGAAAUAUGUGUUUAAAGAAGAGGUUUUACCUGAGUGAUAUGUUACCUGAUGUGAUGUACUUAUUUUUAGUAGUUAUGUACAGAUGGUUCACAUUGAAACAUUUUUUCACUCAAAUGUGGGACUUGACUUCAGAGAACGAGGAGUCCUUGCUAAAGUUCACUUUGUAGCCGAAUGUACAAACUUAUGGCACAAAAGAUUACUGCUCCUUAAACUAUCCUUUGAGCUGGUCUGUCAUUUCAAAGCCUGAUGAUCUGAGGUAGCAGUAAUAAAAGUAACAUGAUUCAGAGCACGAUAUUAUACAUUUUAUGCCACCGGUGCACAAAAGCUGUUGAUAUUUAUGCUUUCCGAACUUUAUUAAGUUAAUAGUAAAAAAAUAUUACAACUUACAGAAAAUACAAACGUAAUUUACAUUCUUAUUAUGUUCAUUUUUCUCUGAGAUUGGUGUUUGUAUCGAA